ACCACGCCGACUCGUACCUACGACACACUUCGGAAUCCCCUUCUUCUCUUCUCAAGGCGGGAGAAGGUCGAUCGAAUAGAAAGAAGCAAAUGCAAAUACGCCCAUGAUAUGAUACGAAGAAGAUAGCGUAGGCACCAGGCGCAUACUUGUCCCGUACCAAGCGCGGGCGCACACAAAUUCCUCUUGCUACCACAUCUCCGAUAAAUUAUUCCUGCGUCUCCGAGAGCGAGGAGAGGGGCUCGCAAAAGGUGCGCCUCCCUGGCGCCCUCCCACGAGCCAUCUCUCCCAUAAUUGUUUGAUUUCCCUUUGGGAUACGGCCUCCAGCCUCGCCGUUCCCCCGCGCCGCCAGAUCCCCCCAGCGAAACCGUCGUCCGGGAAAGGUGGUGAUCUUGGCAAGAUCGACAGAUGCAGCCCCCCAAAUGGAAGGCCGUGGAGGGCGGCGGGAUCGGCGGCGACCAGCGCCGCCGGUGCGUGGCGGCGUCGCUGUCCAUGCUGAUCGCGGCCACGCUGGCCUUCCUCGCAUACGUCGCCUUCUUCCCGGACGACGGCGCCGGCGGGGUGUACCGCUGGUGGAGCUGCCAGGGUUGCGGGGGCUCCCUGGGCGAGUUCCCGGCCGACGAGGACGCCGCGGCUGACGGGCCCGCCGCCGCCGCCGCCGGCGGCCGCGCUCCCACCACGCUGUCGCACAUCGUGUUCGGCAUCGGCGCGUCGGCGCGCACGUGGGACCAGCGCCGCGGCUACGCGGAGCUCUGGUGGCGGCCCGAGGCGAUGCGCGGCCACGUCUGGCUGGACGAGCAGCCCGCGGGCGCGUGGCCGGCGGCGACGUGCCCGCCGUACCGCGUCUCGGCGGACGCGUCACGGUUCGGGAACCGGGCGUCGGCCUCGCGGAUGGCGAGGAUCGUCGCGGACUCGUUCCUGGCCGUCUCGACGGAGCUGGCGAACGGCACCGGCGCGGACGAGGCGCCGCGGUGGUUCGUGAUGGGCGACGACGACACGGUGUUCUUCCCGGACAACCUGGUGGCCGUGCUGCGCAAGUACGACCACGAGGAGAUGUACUACGUGGGGGCGCCGUCGGAGAGCGUGGAGCAGAACGUGAUGCACUCGUACGGCAUGGCGUUCGGCGGGGGCGGGUUCGCGGUGAGCUACCCGGCCGCCGCGGAGCUCGCCAAGGCCAUCGACGGCUGCCUGGACCGCUACUCGCAGUUCUACGGCAGCGAUCAGCGCGUGCAGGCCUGCCUCAGCGAGCUCGGCGUCCCGCUCACCCGCGAGCCCGGGUUCCACCAGGUGGACAUCCGGGGCGACGCGUACGGCAUGCUGGCGGCCCACCCGGUGGCGCCGCUGGUCUCGCUCCACCACCUGGACCACAUCGAGCCCAUCAGCCCCGUCGGCCACACCCCGCUGGCCGCGGUCCGGCCGCUGGUGAGGGCGGCCCGGUUCGACUCGGCCCGCCUGCUGCAGCAGGCCUUCGGCUACCAGCACGGCCCGGGCUACACCUGGUCCGUCUCCAUCGCGUGGGGCUACACGGUGCAGCUCUACCCGUGGGCCGUGGCGCCGCACGAGCUGGAGGUGCCGCUGCAGACGUUCAAGACCUGGCGGAGCUGGGCCAACGGGCCCUUCGUGUUCAACACCCGGCCCCUGAUGAGCACCGACACCCCGUGCUACCGGCCGGCCAUGUUCUUCCUCAGCCGGGUCCGGAACGAGACCAGCCGGGGCACAGUGAGCGAGUACUCGAGGCACGCCGCCAAGUCGGAGAAAGAGUGCGACCAGGCCAGCUUCCGCGCCGCGUCCACGGUUCACACCGUCAAGGUGUUCGCUCCCAAGAUGAACCAGAACGAGUGGAAACGGGCGCCACGGCGGCAUUGCUGCAAAACAACGAGGACGAGGUGGGGCACGGUGCUGGAGGUGCGGAUACGGUAUUGCAGCCGAGGAGAGCUCACCACGCCGUAACUCUAUGUAUUCUUCUCGCCACUACAUCACCACGGCCUACAGGGCGGAGAGUAGGAUGUUGAUAUUGGUAGUGAGAGAUAAUAAGGGGAUGGCAAAGGUGAAUAACCAGCACGGAGGGACACGGAAACUUUUUGUUCCCAAACCAGCAGUACUUGGUCACGUACACUCUACUUCCCUGCUGGUGCUGGGCAAUAUCGUCUUCAGUGUGUCCAGAUGGCUAUAUGACUUAUGCGACAGACACACGGACACGUAUACAUACGAAGGAGUGCAGGCGGUAGCAAUGUAUAGGAUCUGGCUCCCACGUGCGCUGUGUUGCCUCUUUCUUGGUUCUCUGGUACUGAUGUGGGAAGAUGGCUGUUUUGGAAACGAAAUGGAAUAUAGGUUGAAAGAGAGCAGAA